AUGGCUAACUGUAUACCUCUUGUUUUCUUAAGCGUCUUGUGUUUGUCGAUCACUGCUAAGACACAUGUGCAAAGUUCUCUUUACCGAGAUUACAAAACGAAACAUGGAAAAUUCAAAUCAAAUCAAAACCAAAGCCUCUUAGUCACACUAACAAAGUCGCACUUUCUGGAAGAUGCAUUGGAGUGUUCAUUCCACUGUAUUGGGGAUUCCAAAUGUUUGUCAUAUAAUAUAGCAAAAUCUCCAGACUCUAAUGGCAUCUAUAUAUGUGAGGUGCUGGCCACGGACAAGUACAGAGCUAAAGACAGACUUCAAGCGAAUUCUAGCUUCCAUCAUUUUAGCCCCAUGUCGCCAUGUGAGAGCUCGCCCUGUCAGAAUAGCGGAACAUGUAUUCCUGACUAUGAAGGAAAUUCUUAUUCCUGCAAUUGCCCAUCACAUGUCACUGGACAGCAUUGUGAAACACCCAAACCCUGCAAUUUCGACUUUGAAAAUGGGAUAGGUGGCUGGAUAAGGAGCGGUACAGCUUUUAAUAAUCAGCCGACAUACGGCGAUAACCCUACGGCGCGCUUGAGAGAGUCUGCAAACCAACAGGGCAACUGGUGGAUUGGAACAUUUGAAAAUCGUCCAUCUAUUGAUACACCCGCGGGACACGCUCAAGACGAUGCUCCUCAGGGAUAUCUCACUUCCCCGUCCUUUAAGAUCAACGGAAAAAGUGUUGACUUUCUUGUCGGUGGAGGUUGUGACAUUAACAUAGUUCGAGUAGAACUAGUUGUCGGGAUUCAGGUUGUCAAAACUGUCACUGGUACUUGCUCUGAGACCAUGAACCGUGCGACUUGGGAUAUUGAGCAAUUUAUUGGUCAAAUUGCACAUGUCAGACUUGUUGACGCUGGCUCCUCGGCCUGGCAUCACAUCAAUUUCGAUGAUCUUAAAGGAGACAUUAGCUGUGAAUAAUAACUCAUGAUCUGUCCAGUCAGAUAUUAAAU